AUGAUGGAAGAGGAGGACCCGCGCGUGAAGAAGCUGCAAGAUCUGGCUUGGAGCCUGCAGACCAUGACGAACAAGCCCGGGGGCAAGUUCCCAGAGGCCUUCAAGCGGGAGUGCUACCAGGUCACGAGCAAGGCGCUGAGUCUUUGUUCGAACGCCAACUACACUGAGGAGACUGACUUCCUCGAGCGGGCAAAGGUGUUCGAGAAACAGAUCGAGGCGCAGAAGGUGAAGGUGGGGGAGGUGGAGAAGGCCGAGAUCGAGAAGCUGUCUGGGAAGUGCCUGCGACAGCGACCCGGCGGAGGUGGCGGCUACGCCGUGGAGGACGCGCGAGGCACGCCCGCCGGCGCCGUCGGCGCCGGCGCCGGCGCUGCAGCAAUGACCUCGUCGGGCGGCGCAGCCGUCGGAAUCACCGUCAAGGAAGUGGCCGCGAGAUGCGCGGAAGACCCCGAGGCCCUGUGGCUACACGACAUGGAGCUGAGGGACUCUGACUUGGACGCCAUCUGCGAGGGCGUGCGCCAGAACGGCGGGCAGCUGACCGCCCUGGACUUGUCCCACAAUUCCAUCGCGGACGAGGGGGUGCAGAAGCUGGUGACCGCCCUUGCGCGAGGCGCGUGCCCGCGGCUGCAGGACCUGUGGCUGGACGGGAAUGCCAUCGGCCCGCUGGGCGAGCGCAUGCUGGCAGACGGGUUGGGCGCGCUGCGGCGAGGGCUGAAGGUGCACGUCUCCGGCGCGGGGAGCGGCCGCGACGGCGGCGCCCCGCGCCCUGCGGCCGCCAGCGGGGACCCCCCCGCGGCGCCCGUCGCGCCGCCGGGCGCGGCCGCCCCGCCCGCCGCGGCGCCCGCGGCGCCCGCGGCGGCGCCCGCCGCGCCCUCCGCACCGCCAGGCGCGGCCUCGCCUGCUGGCUCGCCCUCGCCGGCGGUGGCGGCCGCGCCGGCCCAGGCCUUUGGCCGCGAGCCCGGAUGGGGAGCCCUCCGCGAGCGGGAGGCGGAGCCGACGCCGUCCGCGGAGUCCCGCGGCUGCGGCGUGGAGCUCCUGGCCGCGGACGGGGCCGAGGAGGUGCGCGUCACCAUCCCGAUGCCGGAGGACGUCGGCUCAGCUCAGGAGG